GGUGGCUGGUUGCUAAGAUCUGGUCAGGGCCCGGGUGGGAGCGGGGCAGAGCUGAGCUGCGGGCGGAGCAGUGGUUGUGAUAGCUCAGACCGGCCAGGCCUUGCUCUGCUCCGUUUGGGAGUUGCCGGUCGGUUGUAUCUGAAUACCAGAGGCAUCAUGCUCAUUCUCCCUCCACUUGAUCUUCUUGCGAAUCUUGAUCUCAGCUUUCAAUAGCUUCCUUGGUUCCGUCUUAGCUGAAUAAGAUGAGAUCAGCAACAAAGACUUCAACUUGAAUCUACGCAGCAAUAUCAGAGAUUCUACCUGACAGUAUGCAUGUUUCACCAAGGUGAUAAAGCUUCUGCUGCCUUGGUGCUAAGUGCUUGAGACAGGGGAAGUACCUUACAAGAGGGAAUUUUUCAGGAUGCCUUUGGACAAGUAAUGCCAGAAAAUAAACCCAUGAAUGUGAAUCAAAAAGAGACAGGAAGCAUCACUGAUGUGUGCAGCAGUGAGGAUUUGCCUGAAGUGGAACUCGUGAGCCUGAUAGAAGACCAGCUGACCCAGUACCACCUGCGGGCAGACUCGCUUUACUUAUAUCAGAACAGGGACUGGGAGCAGGUGCCCGAGUACCCUGGCCAUGCAUCCAGUGAGCUAUCUCCCACCCAGGCCGAGGAGACCUUCCGCUACAUGAGAUCAUCAAGCAUUUUUCAACAUGCAAUCAAUGUAGGCAUUGAUACAGUUCUCAGUUCCGACAGGGUGGAUCAGAUGACCAGGACGUACAAUGACACCGAUAUGGUCACGCACCUGCUGGCUGAGAGAGAUCACGAUUUGGAGUUGGCUGCCCGGAUAGGACAGUCGUUAUUGCAACGGAACCGGGUACUGACUGAGAGGAAUGAGCUCUUAGAAGAACAGCUGGCUCAGGCUUACGAUCAAGUUAACCAACUACAGCAUGAGCUGUCCAAAAAGGAUGACCUCCUGCGAGUGGUAGCCAAUGCUUCAGAGGAGAGCGAAUCUGACUCCAGCUGCUCCACACCACUCCGUCAUAAUGAGUCCUUUCAUCUGUCACACAGCUUGAUGCAGUUGGAUGCUUUGCAGAUUAAAUUGCGAGAACUGGAGGAUGAAAACCUCUCCCUCCGUUCUGAGGCUUGUCACCUGAAGACAGAAACUAUCAACUAUGAAGAGAAGGAACAGCAGUUGGUCCAAGACUGUGUGAAGGAGUUAAAAGAAACAAAUAUACAGAUUUCCAACCUGGCAGAUGAACUCUCCAGAAAGAACGAAGACAUUGUACGUCACCAGGAGGAGAUUACUAACUUGCUCAGUCAAAUUGUGGAGCUUCAGCUUAAAGUCAAAGAGUGUGCUAUUGAAAAAGAAGAACUUAAACAACAUCUGCAAGCCUCCAAAGAUGCCCAAAGACAGCUUACGGCAGAGCUGCUAGAAGUACAAGAUCGGAAUGCUGAGUGUUUGGGAAUGUUGCAUGAAUCCCAGGAGGAAGUAAAAGAAUUACGGAACAAAUCAACAACAUCCUCACUUCAACGGCCCCAGUCCUACAGCAUGUUCCCAAUGGAUUCCUUGGCAGCUGAGAUUGAGGGAAGCAUGCGCAGGGAACUAAAUCUGGAAGAAUCUACCAUUCAAGACCAAAGGAAUCAACACAAACGGGUUUUCCAUACCGUCAGAAGCAUCAAUGAAACCAUACAAUCCCACAAGCUGGCAUCCCCCCCAGGAUCUAUCCCGGGAUCUGGUUACUCAUCGGUUGUCAUGACAGUGAAACCCCACCAAUCUGUUAUGGGACCAACUGAUACGAAAGUGUCGAAUAACUCUGCAAGUGAACGUGAUGCCCACUGCAACCUCUCUAGGAUUGGGAAACCUGGUACUCCUGGGGGAAAAGACUUGGCCACUGCCCUGCGCCGGCUCUCCCUACGGCAGGAGAACUACCUGAGUGAGAAAAUGUUCUUCGAAGAUGAGCGAGAUCGGAAGCUGUUGGCCCUGGCAACAGAGGAGGAGAGCAGCUGUAAUACACCGACAGAGAGUGUCCUGUCCACGGGGACCAACCUCACAGAUCUAACAGAGAUGUCCUGCUUGUCUGGGGCAUCCAGCUAUUUCCGCACAUUCUUGCCUGAGAAGCUACAGAUAGUUAAGCCACUAGAAGGUUCCAUGACUUUGCAUCAGUGGCAACAAUUAGCACAGCCCAACCUGGGCACGAUUUUAGACCCACGACCCGGGGUCCUUACUAAAGGCUUUGAAUUGCUGCCAGAAGAUGGCACUUAUCACUUGUCUGAUCUAGAGGAGGACAUCGAGGAGGGCAUCACCUUCAAAGCCCAGCGCACCUCGACUCCUGAGGGUAAGGAGAACCAGAAGCAGCCACCAAAGGGGCAGGAGCCACCGCCAGAUAUUUUUCUGCCAAUAACGAGCUUCUCCACUCAUGACAUGACGGCUGUGCGGAAUCCAGGGAAAUGUCUGUCGCAGACUAAUUCUACUUUCACCUUCACCACCUGCCGGAUCCUGCAUCCCACAGAUGUUGCUCAAGUUACAGCAAGCUUAACGUAUGCUCCAGUGCCAAGUUCAGGGGGCUCAUCCGUCAACAUGAUCGCCAAUUCAAACACUCAAAUAGCUUCUUGCCGCCCAAGCAUUGGUGAAUCCUUCAUGAACAGGAGGGAGUCGACUACCACUCUGAGCAGUACCAGCAGUCUGACAAAACUCCUGCUCGAUCGAGGGAUCUCCGCUGGUAUUUAUCGCUGUCCGCUGUUGAAAUGCCCAUCUGUGGUUCGCCCCAAGACAUUAGCCAUACCCUGCACCCCACCAAACUCUCCCUCCAGCUCCCCAUGCCCAUCACCCUUGCCCUUUGACACGCGGGGAGCCAUGGACAACUUCCUGGCUUCACGGCCUGCUGAGACGCUUCUCCAGGAGGUUUACUGUCUGAAGCCGGGGCGAAGCCGUGCAGAUUCUGCUCCCGUCAAUCUGAACUUGGUCAAGAAGCUGCAAAGAAUGGGAAUUGCCCAAGUGGUCAACCCCCGGAAUGUUCCAGAGCAUGACGAAAACCCCGAGUGCAGGAGCAAGCAGCGCAGGCUGGAAUCAGCAGUGUUCAUGGGGACUGGCAGCGGCCUUUUGGGGGGUCUGAGGCGGAACCAGAGCCUCCCCAGUGUGAUUGGUGGACUUGGUGUGCCAGUACCAAAAAUGGGCAGCUUAAAUGAAGAGAAGACUGAAACCAAGCUGGAUUUAUCGGCAUAGUGAUACCCAAUGUGGUAUCACUGGCAUGAGUGUUAGUUUCCUCCCAACCCUGCCCCAUCUUUAUCCCCAAGGAAUACUAACUGGAAGAAAGGGUGUUGUGUCUUUUUUUGUUGAGGCCCCUGAAAGUCUGAAGAUGGUGAGAGUAAGUGAGUGAGCAGAGAGGGAGAUUGAGUUGGAGAAGGAAAUGGUGAUGGUUUCCAGGUGAGAGAGUAAAUGAAGGGAAAUGAUCAAUUAUGAGAUAAGGGCAGAGGAGAGGUAAAAUGAAAAGGCAGUGGAAGCUUUGUGGGUUUGCAAAAGGAAUGAUGAAAAUGAGGCACUGGCACGUGUGCUUGAAGCGGCAGCUCAACACUAAUUGACGGAAGUAACUCAAAGCACAAUUGCUGAACACUCGUUCUCUUUCCCCAGGGAAUUACCUUGCUGUUUGCUUCAGACAUUCCAUAGCAUUAAAGCACAGUCCAGAAAACUUUAUUUGAGAGAAGCACAGUUUUAGCAGCCAAUUGCAAUCUGUCAAAUGGUUAUGAAUGAGUACGCCAAUUGAGAAUCCCUGACAGCCUCAAUGUAGAAAGAAUCCUGCUGUAUGUUUUUGUUGUCUGAACCUUGCACUGCACCACUACCUUUUGAGCUGACAAGCAUUUUUAAAUCACAGUCACCACACGCGAUAUAAUCCUUUUUCUUCUGCAUUUUUCUUCCAUAUAAUACUGUCUGUUUGUAACAUAAACCACCCAGGGCAUUUAAUAAGAGCUAUGAGGUUAGGUUUUCUGGAACCCUGUUUAACAAGACACUUGACCUUUUCUUUGGCUUGGAAAUAGGAACGCUUGCAACCUCAAGGUAUUGCAUGCAUCUCUUUUGACAGUACUGUAAUCAAUUCUAUAGCCAUCGUAAUAUGUCAGAUUUGAGGAGCUGUGCUAAUCAAAUACAUCAUGUAGUGUUGGCUGGAAAUUAGGGGCUCCAAGCAUUGCUGCAGCGUGAGCACCAGACUGCACAUUGCACAGCCUUGGCAACAUGGGACUGAAGGCCAUUCAGGUUAAAACCACGUGCAUUAAAUAAUGUGUUAUCUAGGAGUAACUUGCGGGACUAUAUAGUGGGAGCAGUUUCGGGGUAGUGGGGGAGGGGAGCAGGUUGCUGAACUUUACUCUCGAAGUAUACGUGAGCUGUUUCAGUUAAUUCAUUGCUUUAUAUAAAUUCCUAAGGUGCCCAUUUUUUGCAAUGUAUACUACCCUAUUGUAGCUGAAUUUAGUUCAAAAUCUGCCAAAGCCAGCGAAACCUCAGGAGGAAUCGCUAGCAAUGCAAGUAAAAUCCAAGCUGGUUAUACUUUGCUUUGCCGGAAUUUCCCCCCCCCCCACCCCUGCCAUGCGUAGUGUGUGUGUUUGGCCCCUCGGUUUUGAGUGCAGUUGGGGGACAGUCUGCGUGGAAAAACACGGGACUGAAUGAUGGAGCGAUGGAUUCCAUCUGUUGGGCCUUUGAGGUGUAGAAUGUAAGAACAAAAGGUACUUUGGAAAUCUACAAAACGAUAUGAAAUUGAGGAGAAUUCACCGCAACCAAAAAGUUAUGUGCUUUCAUUCAAUUUUAUGUAGUUUCCAAAAACAAAAUAAACCCACAUGGCAGAGUGAACGGGGUGUGGGGAAAGUUUUAGCUAGUCCAAGCUAAUUUAUCAACUCAAUUAUGGUGCCUGGUGUCGUGGCUUUGAAUGAUGACACUUUACCAGAAUUCUUGGCAUUAUUACUGCAAUGGUGCAGAUUGAUUAUAUUUUAUUUUAUACAUACACACGUUCUGAUUUAUUUUAAAGAAAAUAUCAUUGGGUUUUAGUUGCUUUGCUGUAAUCAGGAACCCCACCCACCCCCCCCUCACCCUCCCCUCUGUGUCUCUGUGCUUUAUUGCUUACUGCGGUGCCCUGGAAAUUAAUCCUUAAUUCUUGGAAACUCCGGGACAGUUUGGCAACCCCACACCCGUUUUGAGUUCAUGUUUUCAAUUAAAUUAUGUUUUAUGUAUGUUCACAGUGUUUACCUAUAAUCUGCAAAGCCGCAAUUUAAAAAUAAUGAGGCUAAGCAAUACUGUUUUCCUAAAGACAGAUCAAUGGUGUAUCCAGUAAUGGCUUCAGUAUGUACGGGCUCUGUUUUUUGUCAACCAUACCAAUGAAAUAAGUAAAUCGCACUAAUCCUUUUGACUUAAGAUAUAGUUUUGCACUUUUUAAAACAAAAUUUUAAAAAUUGCACUUUUUAAAAUUAAUUUUUUGGUUUGUAAGCUUGAAUAAUAUUAAGAUAGAGAAAUCUGUGGAAAUAUGCAAUUUAAAAUUUGCGAAAUAACCUUAAAUGUUUUUUUGCCCAUUGACAUUCCUCCGGUUCUCAAAGAUUUGAGGUUUACUUUCUGCUGGUGGCUUGUAAAUGUAGAGUUCACUGAUUUAUUAGCUUAAUAUUUAGUAUUAUCCACAAAACUCCAAUUUGGACUGCAUUCUGUGCAUCACCUGCGAUUAUGUAUUAGGGAAGGACGCUGUAAUUGCUGUUUGAAAUCAGGUGGUUACAAUAAACAGAAGAUCUCUUUGGGAACCCAAGACUACCUGCUCUCAAGAUGCAGAAGAAGACUGCAUUAGAACAUGGGAAUUGUUAGAUAGGAGAUACCAACACUUUUUAAUUUGUUGGUCAUUGCUAGUUUGGAAAAGCAUCAGGCUAUUGGCCCCAUGUCUUACUGUGCUUCAAGAGAUUCAUAUCUCUUUACAACUUGCAACCCAUUUCCGUCCAUGAAGUGGUUAGAUUAGGAGCCUGGACUUGUUUUCAUCUGCCUGCAUCUGCAGAUGAUGAUGAGCUGGAUAUGAGCAUCUCCCUCAACCAGGGAACCCUGAAGCCAGUUGUGCAGUUAGUAUUGUUGCUACAGAAUUCUGAGAGUAAAGUGGAUUGGACAGGAAAGGUUGUUUGAUGGAAGGAGAGGGCACGUGAUAAUGCAUGACAGUGGACUUGGCACCAAGCUGAUCUCAGUGCAGAAUGGGGAAUUCCUUCAGAUAUAACCUUUGUGUUCACACUGUCGUGGUGUCUGCCAACUGCCUCUGUAUCUGCAGAUGCAGUGGGUCACCUCCACACUGAACUGUUGGCCCUUGUGGCUGUGUAAGAUCAGACUUGGAACAGUGUCCCUGUGCUCAGUUUCCAUUGUACAUUGUCUAGUUUCUACUAGAUUUACUAUGAAGCUUGUGAUUGAUGGUGCCAUGCAGUUGUCCCAGACCACAAAUAAUAAAAACAGAAAAUGCUGGAAAAACUCAGCAGGUCUGGCAGCAUCUGUGGAGAGAGAGAGACAGAGUUGGCGUCUCUAGUCAGAGCUCUAAAGAGUCAUAUGGACUCAAAACAUUAACUCUUUCUUUCUCUCCACAGAUGUUGGCAGACCUGCUGAGUUCCAGCAUUUUCUGUUAUUUCACAUUUCCAGCAUCUGCAGUGUUUUGGUUUUUAUCUCUUUAUAGGCAGACUGGCCAUGCUGGGGCUCCUCAGAUCCCAGUUAACUGACUGACACCAAGUGUGUUAAAAGAAAGGUUUAUCCAAAGUGAAAGGUAAAAUAAAUACCUGUUAAACUCUAAAAUACCAGAUAUUGAAAACUCUACUGUUUCAGCCUCUCAAGGUUUGUAUAUGUAUAUAUUUAAACAAAACACGCCAACAAUAAGGGAAUUGGUGACAAUUUGCGUUCGCAUAUUUGUAAGGAGAUUGCUCCUGCUAGGGGGAAACACAAGUACAAGUACGAGGGGCCUUUUGUUCAGAUGCUGUUUGAGGAGCUGGUCUCGAAUUCAAUCUGUGCUCCACAGAGGUGGCGUCUCGUUCAACCUCAACGAUACUGCCUUAAAUACACACUGGCCAUUGAUGCCAGUCAGUCCCCACUGGUUUAGGAAGAACUGAGCGGGAAGCAAACAUUAAUUUGUACGGGGCACAGUUAAGUCCGUAUUCUGACGCCUCUAUUGUUCUGCUUGCCUUGCUCGCUUCAUUUAUAUGUAAUUGAAAAUGUAUAUAAAGCAGGAUUGAGAUUGUAGACUGACCAAAGAUUAAAGUUAUGCUAUAACUGUGUGUGAGGGGAAGAGUGUGUCCUAACACCUAGCCUGUACUUUGGGGGUUCAGUCCCUGGACCAGACUGCCCAGAAGCAGACAGAAUGUAGAGAGAAGGGUAUUUUUUCCUGAUUUGUUCGGGUCCUGGGCAGUGUGCAAUGUGAUCGGUUAGUCUUUACUGAACCUGUUCCCCAGCCUCCUGCAUCGUUGCAUUUCCAUUGACAGUCUCUGGGGAAAACCUUGCACUAAAAUUUUGUUUUGGGCAUGGGCCAUUUAUUUUACCCCAGUAGGUGAAUAGCUUUACUUGCUUCUUCACAAUUGUUGUACUCUGUGUUCCUCCCUUGUGUACUAGCGGCAGUAGAUAAGAAAUUAAACAUUUCGCACCAAUGUUGACAGCUGGCUGGAAUUAGUUUGAUGUAUCAGUUCGUGGUUUAUCUCCUGGAACCUACUCUUAAAAAGAACAAAUACAACUAUUUGUUAUGCAUUAUUUGAUAUUUAUUGUAAUAAUUGAUGUAACUACAAAGCUACAUGGGAUUUCUGAGUCACUCGCAAUUCCCAAAUAAAAAUGUUUUGUAACUUC